ACGACGAUUAGUCUGUUUGUUGCUUACACGCGUUGUGCACGUCGGUUGUGAUGUUGCCACGAAUUUUAACUGCGUCGAUACUGUUUGUGGGGUUGAUCCUGGUGGGAGUUAGCGCGCGGCGGCCACUCGGGAUCAGGGAAGCGCUGUUGGCUUUGAAAAGGAAUCCACCUCCGGAUAACAGCUGGUGGAAAACGGCCGUUUUCUAUCAGAUCUAUCCACGAUCGUUCAGAGACAGCGAUGGCGACGGGAUCGGUGAUCUGCGGGGGAUCAUAGAAAAGCUACCGUACUUGAAAGAUCUUGGAGUCCAUGGUUUCUGGAUGUCUCCGAUAUUCAAGUCUCCCAUGGCUGAUUUCGGAUAUGAUAUAUCUGACUACUACGACAUUCAACCGGAGUACGGAACGAUGGCGGAUUUUGACGCCCUAGUAGCGGAGGCGAAAAAGCUGGGGCUCAAGGUGAUCUUGGAUUUUGUUCCGAACCAUUCGAGUGAUGAAAAUGAGUGGUUCGUAAAAUCCGAGAACCGUGAAGCAGGAUUUGAAGAUUUCUACGUAUGGCAUCCUGGUAAACCGAAUCCAGCAGAUUCUUCAAAACCCUUACCACCCAGCAAUUGGGUGAGUUUCUUCCGGGGUAGCGCCUGGCAAUGGAGCGACAAACGAAAGCAAUAUUAUCUGCAUCAGUUCUCGGUGAAGCAACCGGACCUGAACUAUCGCAAUCCAAAGGUCGUUGAGCAGAUGAAGGAUGUGAUGCGGUUCUGGUUGAAACGGGGUGUCGACGGGUAUCGCAUCGAUGCGGUUCCGACGUUGUUCGAAAUCGAACCGGACGCCGAGGGCAACUACCUCGAUGAACCGUUGAGCGGCAACACCAAUGACCCGAACGAUCCUGGCUAUACCAUACACAUCUACACGCAGGAUCGCAACGAAACACUAGACAUGGUUUAUCAAUGGCGAGCGGUGUUGGACGAUUUUCAACGAGAGAAUGGUGGUGAUGCGAGGGUCAUGAUGACCGAGUCCUACUCAAGGAUCGAUAUUGUGAUGCAGUACUAUGGGAACGGAACUGUACCGGGAUCGCAUAUUCCGUUCAACUUCCGGUUCAUAACCGAUUUGGGCAAGGAUUCGUCAGCACAGGACAUCGAGAAUACGAUCAAGUACUGGAUUGGAAACAUGCCUAGCGGGAAAGGGCUGGUCGCUAACUGGGUGAUGGGCAAUCAUGAUCAACAUCGUGUGGCGAGUCGAUUUGGCGAAAACAAAAUUGAUAUUAUGAAUAUGAUUCUGUUGUCACUGCCGGGCGUCGGUAUCUCGUACAAUGGCGAAGAAAUCGGCAUGACGGACGUGUGGAUUUCUUACAACGACACGGUCGAUCCGGCGGCCUGCAACGCCGGUCCCGAUAAGUACCAAUACACCACGAGGGACCCCGAGCGAACCCCCUUCCAGUGGGACGACAGCAAAGAUGCCGGAUUUUCAACAGCGAACCAUACGUGGCUUCCGAUGUCGCCCACCUACAAGGAGGUGAACGUGAAGGUCCAAAUGGCGGCGAACAAUAGCCACCUGAAGGUCUACCGGAAAUUGGCCGCCUUGCGUAGGAGCUGGACGAUGCAAAAGGGAUCGCUGAAAACGGUUGUCGACGGAAAUGUUUUGAUUAUUUUCAGGGAGUUGAAGAACUUUGAAACGAUUGUCACGUUGGCGAACAUUGGAGGUUCACAACAGACUGUGGAUAUUUCUCGGAUGGGGUAUACGCCUUUGAAAGGAUUUGGACAGUACCGUAUUGUUUCGGUGAACUCCGGCCAUCAUGCAGGGGAACCUGUUGCAGUCAACCGAAUCAUUCUGGAGCCAUACGAAUCAGUUAUAAUAAGUGCAGCAAGUAAUUACUACUACUAUGAAGUUCUACCAUCAUCAGGGUAAUUAACCUAGAAUAAACGCUUUAUAUCAAUCACAAAGUA